GUACAAUAUGGAAAUUAAAAAUAAAAGUGAUGGAUAAAUGAUUAAUACGUUCUAACAGUAUAGUUCAAGGAACAACAGAACUCCCCCUCAGCAACUGUCCAUAUAUUGUAUAUAUUAUCCUUAUAUUACGCUCUCUUGACGCAAUGCAGAUGUCACUUUGGAUAUACCAGACAUGCUAGAAAUCAGGGAAAUUCCACAGUAAAUUACUGGAAGGACGAAAAGCCACAUACAUUGAACAAUGGAACGGUGCAGUAAUAUCGAUCGAUGAAAACAAUAUUAAGUUGUAAUUUAAAUGCUAUGCUUGAUAAAUUAAAGUAAACACGUAUGCGACAUGUAUUUUCAGUGGAUACAAACGAUAUACCUGUAAAUGACACAAUUCAGUGUAAGGGCAUAAUUUCGGAAGUAUACACCUCUAAAAUGUCACAUGCUUCAAACAUUGAGAUUCGUAAUUUAACAACGGAAGAACUAUACAGCUCAAUCGAAAAACUAGCCAAGGAUUAUCAAACAUAUAAAAUAGGAGAAGCUAUCAAUUGUUAUCUUCUUCCAAUGAUCAUUCCUUUAGGUUUAGUAGGGAAUAUAUUAUCGCUGAUGGUAAUGGUUCAACUACACAACCGACGGGUGAAGAUGUGUCGGUAUCUCGCCAUCAUGGCCAUCACGGAUACAAUUACAUUGCUCAUUGGUGUUUUUUACUGGACCGUGACUUGUAUUCAAAGUAGAAAUGUCAGCAGUUUGGAAUGUAAAUUAGAAGUUUAUUUUCUCCAUUUGGGGACCACGUACAGCGUAUUUGUAAUAGUUGCGAUGACGUGUGAUCGAUUUACUGCCAUCAAAGCACCGUUCAAACGCUACAUGUGUAUGAAAGAGUGCAAACUUAGAGUUAUUCUUACAGGUGGUUUUCUGUUCUUGGUUGUAUACAAUUUACCUCAUCUAUGGACCACCAGUGUAAUGGCCAAUGGGAUAUUCUGCGAAGGUGCAUCUACUGUUGACACAGUCUCAAGGGUGUUUUCGUGGGCUAACAUUUGCCUUGCUGUACUUUUUCCAUUUUUUGUGCUCCUCGCGCUGAAUGUAACGAUAAUUCUUGAAGUUCGAAAAAGCAGACGAUUUUUUCAGUGUUUUGGUGCAGUAAAUAUUGGAAGUACUGGAUCAUUAUACAGCCGACAUUCACAAAGACAGGUCCAUAUAGAACAAGGUAUUAACUUACAACGGUAUAAAAGAACGAAGUGCAACAAACCAAACGAUUGUCCCACAAAAGAAAGAUACGAAAUGCAGCGUAUUGUUGAAUCUGAUGACGAAGGAAAUAUUGAUAUUAACCUCGGUGAUCAGAAAGGUGUACUUGAGCUCAAUAUGACAGAACAUAUCAAUCAUUUAAAAGAAAACGAGGUAACCACUGAUAUCACACGUGGCUGUAUCAAGGGGAAUAAGGAAAUCAAUAUCAUUUCUGAUAUUAAUAGGCCCGAUUCCUCUAAUGGACACGUUGACCUUCAAAAUCAUACGUUAGAGUUUAAUGAAUUGCAACCAAAUCUACAAUCUCUGGAUACUGAUCGGAAUGGUCUUAAAGAAAAAUGUCUUGACUCUAAAGAUGAUUUGUUAUAUUUACAACGCAAAACAUCCAAAAUGCCUCGUACACCGAGAUACACACGAGAGAAAAACCAUAAUUACAAAGUCUCGGGGCAUAUACCUAAAAGCCUUGGCGAGUUCACCAACGGUCAAGAAAAUAAACACCAUGCGACCCCUUUGCUCUUGGAAAGUACAAAUAAAACAGAGAAAGGCAAGGAGACUUGUCCGAAAAUCAUAACUGAACAUGAACCGCCAGAUUCACCAAUUCAACUAUUUUCGAACCAUGUGUCUCCUCCGCCGAGUCCUUCUACCUCACUUCCCAAUCAUCACACCCAUGGUGCUGAUCACGGACAUCGGAAUAGGGACGCUCAGUUGACCUUUAUGCUCCUGGCAGUCACCUUUACAUUCCUCGUUCUCUCCCUUCCCCAAUACCUGCGCUAUAUAAUCUACGCCAUAUUGGAUAAACAUGCAUCGCCGGAGGUGUAUGCAACAUAUAUGCUAAUCUACCACAUAACAAAUAAGCUAUUCUUUACGAACGCAUCUGUGAACUUUUAUCUGUACUGUCUGAGCGGAUCAAGAUUUAGAAACGACAUUCGAAAUAUUUUCUCACGGAGGAAAGCGUGCUAUGUUAGCUGUAGAAGCUCAGUGAUAAGUAAUUCCGGAAAGUGAGGAAUAUUAGUACUUAUAAGCCUCGAUAAAUCUACAUUAAAUAUAAAGAAGUAGAUAGAGGAGACGUCAUCAAUCUUCUCUGAUAUCCACGACUUACGUGUUUAGCCUAUCAAUUUAACACCGUGGGAUUUAUUUAUCUCAUUGGGACAUCUCAAUCAGACAUGGCUUUAUAAGCGUUCAGGAUAUCAUUCCAAUGUGACAUUUCCAGUUACGAUGGAUUAGUUUUCGACCUGCCCUUGUCUCCUUUUGCUACUAGAAUAAUCAUCAGAACCUAAAACUAUAGUAAAGGCAGAAUCAGAUCUAUAGGGGGUGACAAAGUUGUAGGUAACAUGCACAAUUGGCUACCAGUUGCUCCUUGUUGUGAGCUUGUGAUCUCAAAUAAAAUAUCUCCAAAAGAUCCGAGGUAUUUAUAAAUUGGUUGGAUUCAAAGUGCAAAAAUGAGAGUAAAGUGUUGAAGUUCUCCCAAAUUAUAAAUAUAGUAACCAUAGAAAUAGAAAAAUAACACAUAAUUGUAAAAUUCUUAAGUUUUUUUGGAAUAAAGUAUGAACUUUGAGGAAUUUUAGAGAAUAGACCCUACGAGGAAUGUUAUGAGCCAAAAUUGUUCUAAAAAUUGAGGCAAUUUUGUUUAGCUUUUUCACUAGAUCUGAUUCUCUCUUUAAAACAAAGUGGUCCCAUUACUAAUGCAAUUUGAUUGUCUAAAUUAUGUUCCCUCUCUCCACUGAUUAAUUUUGCACAGUGACUAUGAUUAACACAUACUAGUUAGUUUAUAUUCAAUCAGGGGCAAUAUGAGCCGUGGAGGGGACCAUAAUCCCCAGAGGACUACUUAUUCCUAAGAGAGGGUGUUUUAUGUCAUUGCCGUCAUAUUUGUACUCGUCCGGGGUUUAUUCUAAUGUGCACGUCCCAGGGGUGUUAUAUACCCUGAAAACGAGGUAUUGUUGCAUCAGUGUAUAAACAUCUUUUAUUAAAUAUAAUAUAUUUCUUUCAAUAUUAUAUAUAUAUAUAUUUAUUUAUUUUAUUAAAGUGUCAUGAGUUAUAAAACAUAUAAAAUAAGCUGAAAACA